UGUUUCCACAAUAUCAUAUUUGCAUUAACCCCUUAACGGCCAAGUGCGCCUUUUGACGCAUUUUUAUGCGCGCUGAGAGAAAACUGCUGAUAUGAUGUAAAGACAUGGAGUACAAUGAAAAAAUUGAUAUAUUUGAAAACAAGAGAAAAAAGGGAAUUUUUUUCUAACAGAAAUUUUUUUUGUGUAAGGUCAUCUAAAUAUCAAAAAAUAUGAUUGAAAUAUGCACGUACAUGCAGAAAAGCAGUCAAACGUCAUGAAAUAUAAGAAUUUGGGCUGAUUUAUAAUUAACCAAUCUUAAUUUUCUGACCAAAUUUUCUAGUUGAAAUUACCAUAUAUAAAACGAUUAAGAUUUUUACUGCAAUUUUCGUAUCGGACAUGAUAUUGUAUGAUUAAAAAUAAAAAAGAUAUCCGCGAAUGAAAAUCGGUUGUUCUGAUCGUGGAAAAUAGAUGAUCUAAAAAGCGUGUUCAAAAGAAAAUUAAAGGAAUUGGAUAUAGAAAGAAGCAAGCCAUUUUGACGUUCUAUUAGCUUGGACAAGGCGUUAUAAAAAAGAAAGACUAGGCUACAAAUAAUUGAAAAAAAAAAUAAUACAGAUUCCCGACAGGUUCAACAAGGUUCCAGUUUCUAAAAAUAAAAAUUCACGUCACAUGUUGGUUGUAUAGCAACAAUGUAAACAGCGCGGAAAAUUAACAUGGCUUCCCGUGACGGCGAAAGUGACAGUGAUUCAUCCGACGACGAUUUGUACAGCAGUUCUGCGGGUUCAGACAUUAACAUUGAUGAUUCUUUAGAUUCUUUUUCAUCUGAUACGGAUGAGGAUGAUGAUCCGAACUCCCAGUCGUCCUUAGAGACUUUCUCUAGUCAGAUCAGCGAUUCAGAGGGUCCCGGUUUUUGGUCCAGCGAAUUGCAUCCCGUGUCGGUCGCACCGUUCUCAGAGGAAACCGGUCCAAGUCACGAUUUGACGCCGAAUGACAACAUUUUGAGCUACUUCUUUUUGAUGGUAUCAGAGGUUUUCUUUGAGAGAGUGUCCAAUGAAACCAACAGGUACGUACGCUGCUCAGGAAUUCGAGAAAAGAGGUCACCGUGACGCGGAUUGGAUUGACACUUCUCCUCAGGAAAUCAAGGCGUAUUUUGGCCUGCACAUCCUUAUGGGCACCAACCAGCUUCCAAGUGUAGAUAUGUACUGGUCACAAAACAAGUUCUUAGGAAACCAAGGAUUCAAAGACACUAUGAGUAGGAGCCGUUUCCGGAGAUUGACAGAGUAUCUACACUUGAAUGACAAUACAACUCAAGGCCCUGUGGGAUCUCCUGAGUAUGACUGGCUUCACAAGAUACGCCCAUUGAUAGAGAUGACUCGGAGAAAUUUCCAGAGGUAUAUGAUGCCUGGACAGUGUCAGAGCAUAGAUGAGGGGAUGAUACGCUACAAAGGUCAUUACUUCGCAAAGCAGUAUACACCAUGCAAACCUAUCAAAAGAGGGAUGAAGGUCUGGAUGAGAUGUGAACCAAACGGAUAUACCAACGAUUAUAAAAUCUAUUUGGGCAAGCAUGACGAGAUGCAAGGACAGUCUCUUGGAGAACGGGUGGUUAAACAUUUAUCCAAACCACUUAAAUGGAAAGGUCACCACCUUUUCUUUGACAGGUACUUUACAUCAAUCCCAUUGCUUCAAAAUCUUGAAGUUAAUGGUAUUUAUGCUUGUGGUACCAUCAAUACCAAUCGCAAAGGAUUCCCUCAUGAGCUGAAGAACCCAACUUUUAGUGGUCGUGGCGAUACCGAGCAACUGCAACAUGACAAUUUGGUUGCAACAGCAUGGAAAGAUGCCAAACCAGUUCAUAUUGUUUCAACCACAUCAGAUCCACUUGGAGAUGGUCCAACACAUCGUCGAGGACCUGGGGGUGAAGUCAUAUUAAUACAGCGGCCACCAGCUGUUGCUGCCUACCAGGAGAACUACUAUGGUGUUGAUCGUGCCAUGCAGUAUCGCUCCAAGUGUCCCAUUGGUCGACAGUCAAGAAAGUACUGGAAAUACUUUAUGAAUUUCAUCCUGGAAGUGGCCCUGGUCAAUACAUUUCUCCUUUGGAAGAUGACCCCUGGUGUGGUGAAACCAAGGAAACAUUAUUCGUUAGGUGAUCUUCAUGUUGAUGUUGCCAUGAGUCUUAUUGAAGAUUUUUCUAACAGGAAGCAGCCUAGGCAUUUAGGAAAACAUCUGAUCACAGCAGCAGGUUUGAGUGAGCAUCACAGCAUGAAGUUUACAUGUAAACUUAGAAACGAUAAUACAAAUACGUGUAAAUUUUCAUUGGAAAUAAUUGCUAUAUAUUCUGUUCAUAUAUUUUUAUGAUUUUUUAUGACAGAAAUUAUAAAAUAACAAAUAUACAUAUCUUCUUAGUACUUUCUUUUGUCUUCGUGAUGGCAAAAAAAAAUUUUGAUUUCAUGCAAAAAAUUCACAAUAUAUUUCUUACGAGAGUGAAGAUGUAUGUUUUAUCGUGAAAAUGAUAAAAAUAUAUCCUACGGACCCGGUUUUACGAUAGAAUGCGUUCCAUGUAUUGUCUCUGUAGUAAAGAAAAUACGUGUACGUUGUUGAAAAAGUGUUGAAUUUUUACAUUAUAUGGAUUAAAUUUUUAGAUGAAAGGUAUUUAAAGUCAGUCUCAAAAUCUUUUAUUAUGAUUAAUUUGACUGUUAUUUUCAAUGCAACUACAUUAAUUUUCUCCAAAAUCGUUUCGGGCGAUUCUGCAAUUUUCUGUUACAUUACGGGAAUAUGGGAGGCGUUCUAACUGUCCAUGGUGAGAACCUUUCCUAAGACACAGUUAGAUUAAUCAGAUCUAUUCUAACUGAAGAAAGUGUAGUGAGAUUAAUAGCAUUGCUUUGUUAUGUAAAUGUCAACUAUACAUG